CACUGUUUAAAAGGAGAAUAUUUAGUUAUUUGUAUUUUUUGUUGUUUGUUUCGUUUCCAGCAUCUCGUCAGAGACACGUGCAUUCCUGCUAGAGGCAAAACAUCCAGAAAGUAAUGUCCCUGGACCUGUGUGAUGAGGACCUAGAAUAUUUGCUUUUGAAGGAUUGAGGGUUUUUUGAGGAGUGGUUUCUCUGUGAAUUUAUGAGUCAGAAGUGUGUUCUGCAUGAAGCAAUACUUGGGAAUCAGCAAGUAAAUAAGAUCCAAGAAAGGAAAUGUUUGAAGUGGAAAGCCCCAAAAUAAACGAGCAAUUGCCUGCACUGAUAAAAAGAACUUUGUAUCAAUAGCCAAAUCUGGUGCAUUCUUGUAUGGUACUACGGUAUCUGAUCAGGGAUAGAAAAAAUGAACCCUUUCUAUUUUCUGGGUUUUGGACAUUCUCAUCUAGGCAUCUUUGGGAACAGGAGUGAUCCUUUCAACAGAACAAAUGAGACUUACUGCUACAGCACUGCCCAGGGCAGCACAGUGCUCCAAGGAGUCACUUUUGGUGGAAUCCCAACUGUCCUGCUGCUUGAUGUAACCUUCUUUUUUAUUUUAAUCUUACUGUUUUCCAUUAUAAGGAAGAGAUUCUGGGACUAUGGUCGUGUUGCUCUGGUGUCAGAAGUUGAAAGUGAAUCAAGAUACAACCGGCUGUCAACAUCAUCAUCAGUACCUGAAGAUCUUGAAUAUGAUAAGGGGUUUUGUUCUUGGAUUACGGCUGCUUUUCGGAUGCAUGAUGAUGAGAUUCAUGAGAGGUGUGGGGAAGAUGCCAUCCAUUACCUCGCCUUCCAGCGCCACAUCAUCUGCCUGCUGAUUGCUAUCAGCAUUUUGUCUGUGUGUGUGAUAUUGCCUGUGAACCUCUCAGGUGAUCUGCUUGAUAAAGAUCCCUAUAGUUUUGGAAGAACAACUAUAGUAAAUUUACAAACCAGCAAUAAUCUUCUUUGGCUGCACACAGUUUUUGCUGUUGUUUACCUGAUUCUGACUGUUGUCUUCAUGAGACAUCACAUGAAGUAUGUCACAUAUAAAGAGGAAAACAUAGUUAAGUGCACUUUGUUCAUAACUGGUCUUCCAAAAAAUGCCAGUGAAGAGAUUGUGCAAAACCAUUUCACAGAUGCCUACCCAACCUGCACUGUGCUGGAGGUCCAGCUGUGUUAUGAUGUAGCCAGGCUUAUUAACCUUUUCAAAAAAAGAAAACAGGCAGAAAAAAGCCUGAUUUACUAUGAACACCUGCAUCAGAAAUAUGGCAAGAGAGUCCAAAUCAACCCUAAGCCAUGUGGUCAAUUCUGCUGCUGUGAAAUGAGAGGAUGUGAAAGGGAGGAUGCUGUAGAUUAUUAUACCAAAGUUAGAAAUGAACUUGAGGAAGAAUAUUCAAAAGAGGAACAAGCUGUUCAUAAUAACCCACUGGGAAUGGCCUUUGUAACAUUUCAAGAGAAAUCCAUGGCAACCUACAUCCUUAAGGACUUCAAUGCCUGCAAAUGUCAGAGCAUUAAGUGUAAAGGAGAGCCCCAGCCAUCACCCUACAGCAGGGAGCUGUGUGUAUCCAGCUGGGAGGUUACAUAUGCUCCUUACCCUGAGAAUAUUUGUUGGAAAAAUCUUUCAGUGCGUGGAUUUAAAUGGUGGUUUAGAUGGGCUUGCAUUAAUUUGCUUCUUUUUAUUGUGCUGUUUUUUCUUACCACUCCUUCCAUAAUCAUCUCAACCAUGGACAAGUUCAAUGUCACUAAACCCAUUCACUACCUUAAUAAUCCUGUCAUCAGUCAGUUUUUCCCAACACUCUUGCUCUGGUCCUUCUCAGCUUUGUUACCAACAAUUGUCUAUUACUCAACUUUGCUGGAGUCUCACUGGACAAAAUCUGCAGAGAACAGAAUAAUGAUGCAUAAAGUCUACAUUUUUUUGAUCUUCAUGGUAUUGAUUCUGCCUUCCCUUGGUCUGACCAGUCUGGAUUUCUUUUUCCGCUGGCUCUUUGACAGAGAAUCCUCUGAUUCUGCAGUUAGGCUGGAAUGUGUUUUCCUGCCUGACCAGGGAGCCUUCUUUGUGAACUAUGUGAUUGCCUCAGCCUUCGUGGGCAAUGGGAUGGAGCUGCUGCGCCUGCCGGGGCUCAUCCUCUACACCAUUCGCAUGAUCAUGGCCAAGUCCACAGCAGAGAGGAAAAACAUCAAACAGCAACAGGCAUUUGAAUAUGAAUUUGGAGCAAUGUAUGCCUGGAUGCUGUGUGUGUUCACUGUCAUCAUGGCCUACAGCAUCACAUGUCCCAUCAUUGUCCCUUUUGGUUUGAUCUACAUCCUCCUGAAGCACAUGGUGGACCGUCACAACCUCUACUAUGCCUAUCUCCCUGCCAAGCUGGAGAAGAAGAUGCACUUUGCAGCUGUCAAUCAGGCCCUGGCAGCUCCCAUCCUCUGCCUUUUCUGGCUCUAUUUUUACUCAUUUGUGAGGCUGGGUUUUAAAGCACCUACAACAAUGUUUACCUUGCUGGUUGUCAACAUCACCAUUGUUAUUUGCUUGGCUUACACUUGUUUUGGCUGUUUCAAGUACCUGAGCCCACUGAAUUAUAGGAUUGAAGACACACAAGGUGAAAGAGGAAAGGACACAGAUGUACCAACAGUCCCAACAUCUUCUAUGUACGUCCCGCAGGUUCUGCGUGCCCACCCCACCGAAAGGACCGUGCUGGCCCCCGCGGAGCAGCAGUCCUACGGCACCAUGGACAACACCUCUUCCCAGGCAGAAGGGAUCAGAAACUACAGCGCAGGACCUGCAGGGGUGGAGCAGGCACCGGGAGCGUCGCUCUGAGCUGUGUUGUGAGCACCAACACAAGGUGGAGCACUUGGCCCAGGUUUAGCUGAACUAAUUCCCUGCCUCCUCCUCCUCCUCAGUAUUCGGCGUUAUUUAUGUAUUCCUGACUGCAGAAAAGGUACAGAAAUAAUUCAUUGUGUGGUCUGCAGCUGUGCUGGGAGAUUAAAAAGCAGAUGCCUUGGGACUGAUUGUUUUCCAGGCUGUCUACACACGUUGUGAAACAAAUAAGUUGAACGUGGAGAUGCUGAUCCUCAGGGACUUCACUUCUGCUAGCUCACCACUUGCCUUAUGAAGAUAACUUAUGCUGCAUAUAGAUAACUGGUCACCAAAGCCAAUGCAGCUAUUACAGCUGUCAUUUAUUUAUUCAAAUAAUUCUUCCCUUUUUAAAAA